CCAACUGACCAUUGCCUUGACUCUCUGCUUUCUCCUUCCCCUCCAUAUUUCUUUUCCAUUUUUAGGUGCACUUUGCAACCAUCCCUGCUCUAAUUUUAGAAAUUAGUUCCAGGGUCUUCUGCGCAAAAGAAAAAAUACCAGAAAAAAAUAACAGGAAGCCCUCAUCUUCUUCCCGCCCAGGAGAAAGGAAGAACAAUGAAAGAACACCCACAAUCAGAAAGGGAGGAACGUAAAUGCGGAGAAAACGCAUGGAGGAUGGAAUGAAAUGAGCAUCUUGUGAAAUUAGACGUUGCCAUCUCCGUCUCCGCUUUUUCGAGCAAUCCUCAGCCUCCCUUGCUUUCUUCUGUCUCUUUCUGAGCUUUCCUGAUCGUUUGGUUCAGAAAGAAUUCUUCAAGAAGAUAUGUAUCGUCUUGGCGUGCUUGCCCUCUUAGUCACUUGUAUCGGGACUCUGACCCCCUGGGUUCAUUCCAAGACCAAUGCUCGUGAUGUCUCUGCCCUUAAUGUGAUGUAUAGCAGCAUGAACUCUCCUUCAGCACUGACUGGUUGGAAAUCGAGUGGGGGUGACCCUUGUGGCGAAUCAUGGAAAGGAAUCGAUUGCUCUGGGUCAUCAGUGACUGAAAUAAAUUUGUCAGAUCUAGGCCUCUCUGGAUCAAUGGGCUACCUGCUAUCAAGCUUGACAUCAGUGACCAACUUUGAUUUGAGCAAGAACAACCUCAAUGGUGACAUACCGUAUCAACUUCCUCCGAAUGCACUUCACAUUGACCUUUCAUCAAAUGCAUUCACUGGAAAUGUUCCUUAUUCGAUCUCUCAGAUGACUGAUCUCAAGUACCUAAAUCUGGGCCACAAUCAGCUCAAUGGACAGUUAAGUGAUAUGUUUGGAAAACUGCCCAAACUCGCCACUCUGGAUCUAUCUUACAACUCAUUGUCAGGGAAUCUGCCUCAGAGCUUUGGAUCACUGUCAAGUCUCACAAAAUUGCAUUUGCAAAACAAUCAGCUCACAGGUCCUAUAAAUGUCCUUACAAACCUGCCCCUCAAUCAUCUGAAUGUUGCAAAUAACCAAUUCACCGGCUGGGUCCCAGAUGCAUUGCAGGAUAUCGAUGACAUUGAGACUGAAGGAAAUUCUUGGUCCUCUGGCCCAGCUCCUCCGUCACCUCCUGGUGCUUCUCAUGCUAAGAAAGGCUCAAAAGAAGGUGAUGGCAAGUCUGGUGUGAGUGGACUAACUAUAGCUGGAAUUGUUAUGGGCGUGUUAGUGGUGCUGGCAGUUUUAGUUGCUCUAUUUUCUAAGCGAUCUUCUUCAGCAUCUUCACAUUUCCUGGAUGAAGAGAGGGCUAGCCAACGCAGAGCAUUUACCCCCCUUUCAUCACGAGAACUGUCCCAUGACCUGCGUGCUGAGAUGCAUAAAAGUUUUAGAGCAAUAGAUAUGGAUCGUAAGUCAGUGGAAUCAUCUGCUUCCGUUGAUAUAAAGGCUUUGGAGAAAUCGCCUUCAAUUGGAUUUCGGCCUCCACUUCACGACCGCAUGGAGUCCCUUAAGGAUAAUGAAUUUGCAAACCGUUUGAAUGCAAGAAGAAGCACAUCAGCUAUGAGCUAUAAUUUGGCCGACUUGCAGAGUGCAACUGGUAAUUUUGCAACAGGCAGACUUAUCGGUGAGGGAUCCACUGGACGUGUUUAUAGGGCUAAGUAUGCAGAUGGAAAGGUUUUGGCUGUUAAAAAGAUUGAUUCUUCACUUUUCCAAGGCAGGAGGGCCGAUGAAUUCUCAGAAAUUGUUGCCAAAAUAUCGAUGCUUCACCAUCAGAACAUUGCAGAACUUGUUGGUUAUUGUUCUGAGCAGCGGCAUAACAUGCUGGUCUAUGAAUAUUUUAGGAAUGGCUCCCUUCAUGAGUUUUUACACUUGUCAGAUGAUUACAGCAAACCACUGACUUGGAAUACUAGAGUCAGAAUUGCAUUAGGCACAGCGCGAGCUGUUGAGUACCUCCAUGAGGUUUGCUCUCCCUCUGUAGUGCACAAGAACAUCAAAUCAGCCAAUAUAUUGCUUGAUGUCGAACUUAAUCCACGACUCACUGAUUGUGGUUUGGCUACCUUCCAUCAGAGGACAAGUCAAAAUCUGGGAGUCGGAUACAAUGCUCCAGAAUGUACAAAGCCUUCAGCUUAUACUCUGAAGAGUGAUAUUUACAGUUUCGGAGUUGUCAUGUUGGAGUUGCUGACUGGACGAAUGCCUCUUGACAGUUCAAAACCAAGAUCAGAGCAAUGUCUAGUGAGAUGGGCUAGUCCACAGCUUCAUGACAUCGACGCUUUAGGCAGGAUGGUGGAUCCAGCACUGCGCGGACUAUAUCCUCCCAAGUCAGUCUCCAGAUUUGCCGAUAUUAUUGCUCUCUGUGUUCAGUCGGAGCCCGAAUUCCGACCUCCCAUGUCAGAAGUGGUGGAGGCAUUAGUGCGAUUAGUUCAGCGCUCUAGUAUGAACAAGAGGGGGGAGAGUCCCGGCGCUUCUCGUCGUAUGGAUGACUUCGACUAUUGAUCGGAGAGAUCAUUGUACUUGGAUUGGACUUUUGAUUUCUCUUUCUAUGUGUAUGUGUGCCCACCAAAUGACCCUGUGUUAAAAGAGUAGUCUCUGCCAGUCAUCUUCCUUAGUGGAAAAAGCAUAGAACUCAAGGAUAAGCAGGAAUGCUUCGAGAGCCGGGCAUUCACUGGGACAGAAGCUUCUGUAAAUAUAUCAGAAAUCACAUCGGAAGAAGACAUGUUGCCGCGGAAGAUUACUGUAUAGUAUAGAGAGGAGACGAUUCGAGAAUUAUAGAGGACCGAGUUUCGACAUUUUGGUUUCGAUGGCGAUGAUAUAAGGUUGGCGAAUACGAAGAGGCUGCGGUCUCGCAACUGGAGCUAGGCACAGCAUU